CAAUUUCCCUGACUGGAAGAAAGGAACCCAGAGUUGCAGGUAUUAACAUACUUCUUGUUUCUCCACGGCCUUUGGACCUUGAGGAAGGAAGCACUUCACCAUUAAUCUUCUUCGGUGAUGUUAAUAACAGUACUGGAGUGUCCACUAUCACUGUAAUUGGAUUUGAGGAUUGCGAAAGAGGAUUGGUCGAGUUCAGACAUGCUGAAACAGUAACAGUUGUUGAAACUGACAUAACACCAUUAUGUUCCAACAAUGGUACAUGUAUUAGAACUGGCGAGAAGCCUGAAGAUUUCUACUGUUGCUGUCCACAAGGUUGGGAAGGUGAAACUUGUGACAAUGAGUCGGUCAGACUUAUGUGUAUCAAGAAUGAAUGCGCCAAUAACUCAACCUGCAUCGAUGCAGA